AAUAUUUAACAUAUUUUAAAUUAUAUGAAAAUAUAAAAAAGCGCAACAAGCUUUUCCCAAAAAUCCUCUUCUUCUUCUUCUUCUUCUCGGCUGUCAUUGUCACAAAAUCACUGUCCUAACAACACAAAAACAUGGAUGAACGAGAAGAAGAACAAGAACAGAAGAAGAUAACAACAAUGGAAGGAGUAGCAUCAAUAGCAUUACUUCCAAACGGUUCAAUAUCAGGACACUUCAUUCAUCUUCCUCAUUCCACUUGUUAUGGUCUUCAUGGCACCGAAUUGGAAUGCGAAAGGGAAUGCAGUAAGGGUGAGGACUAUCGUCUCAUCAAACUCACAAUCACAGAUUUCAAUACGAAGAAAGAACAAGCCACUGUUGUGGAGUGCAAAGGUCACGAUGCUGCUCGAUUCCACGACAUUGAUCAUGCUCACGGUUGGGAUAAGGAGAUCACAGGUAUGGUUGAACAAAAGGACGGGAAGGAAAGAAUCACUGUUUCAUUCGAGUGUGAGACACUGAAAGCUGAUAGUGCAGCUGAAGACCACAUCAGGAAGUUCAUGCCAAAACUAGCUGGGAUGGAUGCUGUUGUUAACGUUGGAAAGAUGACGAUUUCUGGGUUGGACUUUGGAGUAGAUGAUGAAGAAACUGAGUAGAAAAUUCGAUAUUGUAACUACUGAGAGAGAAAGACUAAAUUGCAACAUUUGAACAAUUCAUGUAGAAAACUAUUGUGUAGAAAGGUAGGAACUUAAAUCGAAACAUGGUUUCAUCACUUA